CCGAUCCUUGCCGUAGUCUCCCCCGGGCGUCGGCGGCGCGCUGGGCCGAAUCUAUCGCCCCGGCAGCGCCGGCCCCGCCCUUCCACUCCGAGCAGACGCUCUCGCCGCGCGUUCUCUAUGGUGCUUUCCUCAGGCGUGACCCGGCGGCGCUGGUGUUUCGGUUCUGCUUCCGGGUUGCGUCCCGGGACGAGGCGGGAGCGAUGUCGGACUCGGAGAGCGAGGAGGAGGCGGAGGGGGGCCGCGCCGGGCCCUUCUCCCUGGCCGGGUUCCUCUUCGGGAACAUUAACGAGGCGGGGCAGCUGGAGGGGGAGAGCGUCUUGGACAAGGAAUCCAAGAAGCAUUUAGCCGGUUUGGGCGCCUUGGGGCUGGGCAACCUGAUCACCGAGAUCACAGCCAGCGAGGAGGAUGCUGCUGAGACUGACGGAGCCCAGCUGGAUGAGGAGGGCUGGGUUAAGAGCACAGAGGAUGCUGUUGAUUACUCAGAUAUUAAUGAGGUGGCUGAAGAUGAGAGUCGCAGAUACAGGCAAGCAAUGGGCACCCUUCAGCCAAUUCGAAGACCAGAUGACGAUGAGGAUGAUUAUGAUGCCGACUGCGAAGAUAUUGAUUCUAAGCUGAUGCCUCCACCACCUCCACCUCCAGUAAAGAGAGACGAUGAAAAAGAUGCAACAGCCGCUGUAUCUGAAGAUGGAGAUGGUAUCAUUCUGCCCUCCAUCAUUGCUCCGUCCUCUGCUACCUCUGAGAAGGCAGAUUUCAGCAGCUCUUCUGAUUCUGAGUCAGAGAUGGGACCCCAAGAUGCAAGGCAGGCAGAAUCCAAGGAAGGGAAACUGACGCUGCCUCUUGCAGGAAUAAUGCAGCGAGAUGCCACCAAACAGCUGCCGAGUGUUACCGAGCUGUUCCCGGAAUUCCGGCCCGGCAAGGUGCUGCGUUUUCUCCGUCUCUUUGGCCCUGGGAAGAAUGUUCCAUCUGUUUGGCGUAGUGCCCGGAGGAAACGCAAAAAGAAACAUCGGGAGCUAAUGCAAGAAGUGCAGAUCCAGGAGGGUGACACUGCAACCGAAGCAGGAAUGGAAGAGAAGUCUCCCUGGGAAUACGAGUUUGCUCCUCCUCCUCCUCCUGAGCAGUGCCUCUCAGAUGAUGAGAUCACUAUGAUGGCACCUGUGGAGUCCAAGUUUUCCCAGUCUACUGGAGACAUAGACAAAGUGACAGAUACCAAGCCCAAGGUGUCUGAAUGGCGUUAUGGGCCAGCCCAGCUCUGGUAUGAUAUGCUGGGGAUUCCUGAGGAUGGCAGUGGAUUUGACUAUGGUUUCAAACUAAAAGAGCAUGCGAGAGAACAGGAGACUUCAGGUCAUUCUGUGGAGAAGAACUUGGGAGUGAUGGCUGAGAAGGACGACUUGCUGGCUGAUGAGCACUUCCUCAUGGUGACACAGCUACAAUGGGAGGAUGAUGUGAUCUGGAAUGGGGAGGAUAUCAAACACAAAGGGACUAAAACACAGCGUGCGAGCCUGGCAGGCUGGCUGCCCUCUAGUAUGACCAGAAAUGCCACUGCGUACAAUGCCCAACAAGGGCUGAACCGUAGUGGAUCUUUGCUCAAUCCACCCAUUCCACUAGUGCAGAAACCCAGUGUAGCAGGGGUCCUGGGCAUCGCAAAGGGCAAAGAGAAACAGCCUCCUGAGCAGCAAGCUGCCCUGGAUGAAGAUAAACCCUGGUUCUCCAUUUUCCCAAUCGAUAAUGAGGAGUUAGUGUAUGGCCGUUGGGAAGACAAUAUCAUCUGGGAUGACCAGGCGAUGGAAAUGUUCUUGGAUCCUCCAGUCCUGACACUCGACCCAAAUGAUGAAAACAUCAUCCUGGAAAUUCCUGAUGAAAAGGAAGAGAUGACUUUGAACUCUCCCUCCAAGGAGAACAAGAAAGAAUCAUCUCUAAAGAAGAGUCGGAUCCUGUUGGGAAAAACAGGCGUCAUCAAGGAAGAACCACAGCAGAAUAUGUCUCAGCCGGAGGUGAAGGAUCCCUGGAAUCUCUCCAAUGAUGAGUUUUACUAUCCCAAACAGCAGGGGCUUCGAGGAACCUUUGGAGGGAACAUCAUCCAGCACUCUAUCCCUGCAGUGGAACUUCGCCAGCCAUUCUUCCCCACCCAUAUGGGUCCUAUGAAGCUCCGACAAUUUCAUCGCCCUCCAUUGAAGAAAUAUUCCUUUGGGACCUUGUCCCAGCCAGGACCCCAUUCUGUGCAGCCACUGCUGAAACAUAUCAAGAAGAAAGCCAAGAUGAGAGAGCAGGAGCGGCAGGCUUCAGGAGGUGGGGAGAUGUUCUUCAUGCGCACACCACAGGACCUAACUGGUAAGGAUGGUGACCUCAUCCUUGCUGAGUAUAGUGAGGAAAAUGGUCCUUUAAUGAUGCAGGUUGGCAUGGCAACAAAGAUAAAGAACUACUACAAGCGGAAACCUGGCAAGGACCCUGGAGCACCAGAUUGUAAAUACGGAGAGACUGUUUACUGUCACACAUCUCCAUUCCUGGGAUCACUGCACCCUGGCCAGUUACUGCAGGCAUUUGAAAACAAUCUCUUCCGGGCUCCCAUUUAUCUGCACAAAAUGCCAGAAACGGAUUUCCUAAUUAUCCGGACACGACAAGGCUGUUACAUUCGGGAGCUGGUUGAUAUCUUUGUAGUUGGACAGGAGUGCCCCCUCUUUGAAGUUCCUGGUCCCAACUCCAAACGGGCCAAUACCCACAUCAGAGACUUUCUACAGGUCUUCAUUUAUCGCUUGUUCUGGAAGAGCAGAGACCGGCCGCGGAGAAUUCGCAUGGAGGAUAUCAAGAAGGCAUUUCCUUCACACUCAGAGAGCAGCAUUCGAAAGCGGCUAAAGCUAUGUGCUGACUUUAAACGCACAGGGAUGGACUCAAAUUGGUGGGUAUUAAAGUCAGACUUCAGAUUACCAACAGAAGAGGAAAUAAGAGCGAUGGUGUCCCCAGAACAGUGCUGCGCCUAUUAUAGCAUGAUUGCAGCUGAACAGCGGCUAAAGGAUGCAGGUUAUGGGGAAAAAUCGUUCUUUGCCCCAGAGGAAGAGAAUGAGGAGGACUUCCAGAUGAAGAUUGAUGAUGAGGUGCGCACAGCUCCUUGGAAUACCACACGAGCCUUCAUUGCUGCUAUGAAGGGGAAGUGUCUUCUAGAAGUGACUGGUGUGGCAGAUCCUACAGGUUGUGGUGAAGGAUUCUCCUAUGUGAAGAUCCCAAACAAACCAACCCAGCAGAAGGACGACAAGGAGCCGCAGCCAGUGAAGAAGACCGUGACAGGAACAGAUGCUGAUCUCCGGCGUCUGUCUCUCAAAAAUGCCAAACAGCUUCUACGUAAAUUUGGUGUUCCUGAAGAAGAGAUUAAGAAGCUUUCCCGUUGGGAAGUGAUUGAUGUGGUGCGCACAAUGUCCACAGAGCAGGCUCGCUCAGGGGAGGGGCCUAUGAGUAAAUUUGCACGUGGGUCUCGGUUCUCAGUGGCAGAACAUCAGGAGAGAUAUAAAGAGGAGUGUCAACGCAUCUUCGACUUGCAGAAUAAAGUUUUAGAAUCAACUGAGAUCUUGUCAACAGACACAGACAGCAGCUCAGCUGAGGACAGUGAUUUCGAGGAGAUGGGAAAGAAUAUUGAGAAUAUGUUACAGAACAAGAAAACUAGCUCACAGCUGUCUCGGGAGAGAGAAGAACAGGAGCGGAAGGAGCUGCAGAGGAUGCUUCUGGGAGAAGACAGUGGCAAUGACAAAGAAAGGAGCAAAAAGGACAGGAGAGACAAAAAAGGAUUGUCAUCAGCUUCGGGCACCUCAGCAGGCUCUCACAAAGAUGAUGACACUGCCUCUGUAACUAGUCUCAAUUCCUCUGCCACUGGCCGUCGCCUCAAAAUCUAUCGCACGUUUCGAGAUGAGGAUGGGAAAGAGUAUGUGCGGUGUGAGACAGUUCGUAAGCCCUCUGUCAUUGAUGCCUACAGCCGAAUACGGACCACCAAGGAUGAAGAGUUCAUACGAAAAUUUGCCCUCUUUGAUGAGCAGCACCGGGAGGAGAUGCGGAAGGAGCGGCGCAGGAUCCAGGAGCAACUAAGGCGGCUCAAACGGAACCAGGAAAAAGAAAAACUCAAGGGCCCACCAGAGAAAAAACCCAAGAAAAUGAAGGAGCGGCCAGAUCUGAAGUUAAAAUGUGGAGCCUGUGGUGCAAUUGGACAUAUGAGAACUAAUAAAUUCUGUCCCCUCUACUACCAAACGAAUGCCCCACCCUCCAACCCUGUUGCCAUGACAGAGGAGCAGGAGGAAGAGCUGGAAAAGACAGUCAUUCACAAUGAUAAUGAAGAGCUUAUCAAAGUGGAGGGGACCAAAAUUGUCCUUGGAAAGCAACUGAUUGAGAGUGCAGAUGAGGUUCGCAGGAAAUCACUGGUCUUGAAGUUUCCUAAACAACAGCUUCCUCCAAAGAAAAAGCGGCGAGUUGGGACCACUGUUCACUGUGAUUACUUGAAUCGGCCUCACAAGUCAAUCCAUCGGCGACGAACAGACCCGAUGGUAACUUUGUCAUCCAUUCUAGAGGGCAUUAUCAACGAUAUGAGGGAUCUUCCCAAUACAUACCCAUUUCACACGCCUGUUAAUGCAAAGGUCGUGAAAGACUAUUACAAAAUCAUUACACGGCCUAUGGACCUACAGACCCUGCGUGAGAAUGUCCGCAAACGUUUAUACCCUUCCCGGGAAGAGUUCCGUGAACAUCUGGAGCUGAUUGUGAAGAACAGUGCAACGUACAAUGGGCCAAAACACUCACUGACCCAGAUAUCUCAGUCCAUGCUGGACCUCUGUGAUGAAAAACUAAAAGAGAAGGAAGAUAAACUGGCUCGGUUAGAGAAAGCAAUUAAUCCUCUCCUGGACGAUGAUGACCAAGUGGCUUUUUCCUUCAUAUUGGAUAACAUCGUCACUCAAAAAAUGAUGGUGGUACCAGAUUCUUGGCCAUUUCAUCAUCCAGUUAAUAAAAAGUUUGUUCCAGAUUAUUACAAAGUGAUCAUCAAUCCAAUGGACCUAGAGACCAUCCGCAAGAAUAUCUCCAAACACAAGUAUCAGAACAGGGAGACCUUCCUGGAUGAUGUUAAACUGAUCCUUGCCAACAGCAUUAAGUACAAUGGGCCGGAUAGUCAGUACACAAAAACUGCUCAGGAAAUUGUCAACAUCUGUUGCCAGACUCUGGCUGAGUAUGAUGAGCAUUUGACUCAGCUUGAAAGAGACAUCUCUACUGCUAAGGAAGCAGCACUCGAGGAGGCAGAUUUGGACAGUCUUGACCCUAUGACCCCUGGACCCUACACACCUCAGCCACCAGAUUUGUAUGAUACCAACACCUCUCUCAGUAUGUCACGUGAUGCUUCAGUCUAUCAAGAUGAGAGCAACUUGUCUGCUAUGGACACUCCCACCACUACCCCAGAGAAGCGGGGGACACAGAUGCGCCAGGGACGAGGUAGGCUGGGCGAGGAAGACUCUGACGUAGAUAUUGAAGGGUUUGAUGAGGAUGAGGAUGGGAAACCUAAGACUCCAGCCCCAGAAGUUGAAGAUGGGGAUGGUGACCUUGCUGAUGAAGAAGAAGGCUCAGCACAACAGCCCCAGGCCAGUGUUCUUUAUGAAGAUUUGCUUAUGUCAGAUGGAGAGGAUGAGGAUGAAGGGAGUGAUGAAGAAGGCGAUAAUCCCUUUUCAUCUAUCCAGCUCAGUGAAAGUGGCAGUGAUUCAGAUGUGGAGCCCAGUGCAAUGAGACCCAAACAACCUCAUGUCCUUCAAGAGAACACACGAAUGGGCAUGGAGAAUGAAGAGAGUAUGAUGUCUUAUGAGGGUGAUGGCGGGGAGACCUCUCAUGUUAUGGAGGACAGUAAUAUCAGUUAUGGCAGCUAUGAGGAGCCAGAUCCAAAGUCCAACACACGAGAUACCAGCUUUAGCAGCAUUGGAGGGUAUGAAAUCUCUGAAGAGGAGGAGGAGGAGGAAGAACAGCGAUGUGGGCCAAGUGUGUUAAGUCAGGUUCAUCUUUCAGAGGAUGAGGAAGAUAGUGAGGAUUUUCACUCCAUUGCAGGAGAUAGUGACCUGGACUCAGAUGAAUGAGUUGCCCAGAUACUCUGUUACUGAGGGAUGUAGCAAUUUGUGGUCUGGAUUCAGAUGAAUGAAUUUCCCUCAUACUCUUUUGUACUAAGGGACUAUGCACUGUUAAUUUGAAGCAGCUUAUUUUUCUUGUAUAACUUCAAUUUUAGUAGAAUUCUGUUGUAUAUUUAUUAUUAAAUUAUCUGAAUUGUGAAUGACAAGAUUUAGACAAAGAGAACCUUCUGUGACCUGCACAGCAGUCCAGGAAAUCUAGGUACUGAAGCCAGCUAAAGUUUUACUUCCCCUCAUUAUUUUCAGAUAUACACUGAAAACUUACUACAAAUAUUAGGCUGGUUUUUAAAUACCUUACAUUGACCUUUGAUAUGACUCAGUUAACCAGCCCAUACAUUUAUAUAAGAAAUAAACAAUUGAAGAAAUAUUCUACAAAAGUCGGAGUAAAUUUAACAUCUAAAGCAUUUUUAACAUCUAAAGCAGCUUUUCCCCUUUAUUAGAGAAGGGCAUGGUCCUUAUAUUUUCUGAAAUGUACCCCAAGUAUUCAGAAAAAAAUUAGUCAGGCCCAUCAGCCCAUGAAUGCAUUCCCUGGAAUUCUACCACAACUGGUUUCUAGGUCUCUUGGGAACUGCUUAACGGCCUUGAACAUCUUAAUUCACAGGAAGAACAGGUCUUUUGAAGCUCCCUGCUCAAGUUAGUUUGUCCUGGAAAUCCGUAACUGCUAACCCAAGUCUUCAUCCAGGAGUUGCACAGGAAUUUCUCUGGGCUUUCCUUGUGCUUUAAAAUAUCUGGGAGUGAAUUCACUUUCUUGUCUUAAUCAAAUGAAGGGAAAGCAUAGACCCAUCUGGGAAGUGCUAUAGAGCCUUCUUGUCUUUCUGUUGUAUAGUUCAUUGGAUGAAUCCUUAAAGUCAAAAUACAGAUAAAUUCCUUAUAUGCUAUUUCAUUAUAGGAUGGUUUCUGUCCAUUGUCCCUUAGCUUUUGUGAGAGCAGGUCUCAGUCCACUUGUGAUUUCAUAACCAUCCUUGCCUGGUAAGCAUGUUGGUGCUCUUCCAUGUAUGGGACAGAAGGGAGAAGAAUAGACAGUGUUCAAAGUGAAAUUUAAAAUCUGAUGUUUUUAGCUAGAGUGAAUACUUAGCGUUUGGGUUCCUUCAAAAUACCUAUGUCACAUCUGGAAAAAUCCCCUCUUGGUACAUAUAUAGAAAUGGUAGUAGCCACACAUCCAACCAGAAUCAUAAAUGUUGAAUUUCCUGACUUGUGUAUUUAAAUUCUAAACCUUUCAGUUAAUAUUGACAUAUUUUGUUUUAAUGAAAGUUCCUUUAAUUUACAUUUUGCUAGUGAAUGUAUUUGAAAUAAAUUUGUAACGGUAA